CAGUUAAUAUCAUUCACCUCUUCUUCCUCUCUUCUCCUUUAUUCCCACGUAUAUAUAAAGCCUUCAACUAGUCCUCAUAUUAUUGCAUCUUUCAUACCAAUUUCAUAAGAAAAAAAAAGGUAUGAAAUUUCUCCAAUUACUUACAUUGGCAUUUUUCAUUGCCCUCUGUGGUCCUUUUGUUGAAGGCCUCGGAGUGAAUUGGGGAACGAUUGCGUUGAGGCCAUUGCCUCCAGCAACGACAGUUAAGCUUUUGCAGGACAAUGGAAUCAAGAAGGUGAAGCUUUUCGACGCCAAUGAUACCGUCCUUAAUGCUUUGGCUGGGUCUGGGAUUGAGGUUAUGAUCGCAGUCUUUAACAAUGAUCUCCCUGAAGUUGGAGAUUAUGAUAAGGCUAAGGAGUGGGUGAAGAACAAUGUUGAGAAGUAUAAUGUGAAAGAUAAAGACGGGGUCAAAAUUACUUGUGUCGCCGUCGGCAACGAGCCCUUCCUCCGCUUCUACAAGGACCAGUUCACAAGCACAACAUUCCCGGCCCUCAAAAACAUACAGAAGGCCCUCGGGGAGGCGGGCCUCGGUGACACCGUCAAAGUCACCAUCCCCCUCAACGCCGACGUCUACGAGUCCCCAUACGACAACCCCGUCCCCUCUGCCGGCUACUUCCGUGCCGACGUCGCCCCCCUCAUGACCGACAUCGUCAAGUUCCUCAACGAGACCUCAAACCCCUUCACCGUCAACAUCUACCCCUUCCUCAGCUACUACACCUCCCCAAACUUCCCCCUCGACUUCGCCUUCUUCGACGCCAAAGCCAACCCUGUUGUCGACCACGACAUAAAGUACACCAACGUCUUUGACGCCAACUUCGACACCCUUGUCUCCGCCCUCAAGAAAGUCGACUGCGGCGGACUUGACAUCAUCAUCGGAGAGGUCGGAUGGCCCACCGACGGCAACGUUAACGCGAACGUGCAAAUAGCUCAGCGAUUCUACGACGGGUUGUUGGCGAAGCUCACGAAGAAGGAAGGAACGCCGCUGCGGCCAAAUUCGACUUUCGAAGUAUACAUGUUCGGAUUAUAUGAUGAGGAUCAGAAGAGCGUAUUGCCAGGGGAUUUCGAGCGGCACUGGGGGAUUUUCACGGUCGACGGGCAGCCAAAGUUUCCAAUGGAUCUCGCGGGCACGGGAGAGCCCAAAAUGCCCGUGUCGGCGACGGGUGUUGAGUAUUUUCCGGCAAAAUGGUGCGUAGUGAAGCCAGACGCUAAGGAUGUUAGUAAGAUUCCUGACGCUAUGAAGUACGCUUGCGAUCGGGCGGAUUGCACGCCGCUCGCCAACGGGUCAUCCUGCGGAGCGCUCGACGAGACAGGGAAGGCAUCAUACGUGUUCAACUUGUACUACCAGAACCAGAAUCAGAGCGACAAGAGCUGUGAUUUCGAUGGAUUGGCGACAGUGACGACGAAAAACGCGUCGCAGGGCACGUGCAAUUUUACGAUUAUGUUCGAUAAGGUUGAUACGGCGGAUUUGCCUCACGGUGGCGACGGCGGUUCAUCUGACUCUUCUUCAAAGGGUGGUUCUGAUCAUAAGUCUUCCGGUUCUUCACCGUCGGCAGUGCUGGCAUUUGCUGUUGCAGCUCUAUUUGGCGUUUUCGGUAUUCUCGUUUUAGGAAUGGAUGUAUAAAUGCGAGCGCGGUAAUUGCUGAUUUGUUUCAGUUUGUAUUUGUCGGUUCUUUUUAAAUAAAAAUCAUAGCUAAAGCUUAUUAUUUUAGAUGAAUUGAAAUUCAAUUUGGGGUCCACUUGUA